AUGGCGUCUGAAGGCAGUGUUGCUGGACUAGUUAAAGGGCUGCUUGGAAGAUCUGAGUUUUUAAUGGACAGUUCUAUAAGCAAAGCCUACAAAAAGCAUUUGUCAAAGGCCCAUGCUAUGUUUGAGGCUAUAGGCUCAGUAGUGGCAAGAGAACAUAAAAGAAGGGAUCUUGGAGACCCGACGAAGGGAAAUUCGAUUCAUUUCUUAGUUGAGGAAAGUUGA